AUGUCAUAUCCCGAUCGAAGAGCUUCGUUCGGCUCGUCACCGCGGCAGUCUGCCAUCCAGCGGCUCGGAACCCCCGUCCAGGUCGGUUCGCCCAACUCCAACCCAGGCUCGGUGACGGGCUCCUUCAAGGACUCGAUGCGAGAGUCCAUGAAGCGGUUCGAGGAGCAGGCCGACGCCAACAAAAACGUGGAGGAGGUGACUUUCAACAAGCGAACGCCCGAGGAGCAGCACAAGAACGGCAGCGACUCUUCCAAGGGAGGUCUCAAGGGCCUCAUGGACAAGGGCAAGGAAAAGGACGAUGCCAGCAACAAGACAGACUCAAAUACGAACACAACCACCAAGACCACCCCGUCUAACAGCAGCAAAAACAACAGCAACACCAAAACCAAUAACAACAGCAACAGCAAUUCGUCCAACGACACCAAAAAGGAUCAAUCUGCUUCUCCUGCAAACCCCCCCAACCCCGCAGACGCAGACACCCAGUCGAUCCACUCUGUGGACAUUGACAACCCCAAUCCCGAGGUGGUCAAGGCUGUCGGCCGACAUCUCGUGUCUGACGACAAGACCAGAAACUACGGAGCCACGGAAAGCGAAAAUUUCGACUCCCUCAAACUGCAGGGAGGAGACAUCACCCGCCAGCUGUACAAGUGGCAGAAGGAGCACGAGGAGGGCGGACUCAAGCGAUCCAAGUCGUUCGAUGCCGGCGAGGGAGCCUCCUCCUCUGCGACCCAGGAACUCGGACAGGAUAUCAACUCUAUCAAGGCCCCCGGAGGAUUCCGACGAAACUUCAUUGCUCAAAAGGUGCAGCAAGAAAACGGCCAGGACAAACCCCCCACCUUCCUCACUCGGAACUUCAUUGAGUUCCUGUCUAUCUACGGUCAUUUUGCCGGCGAGGAGCUCGAGGAGGACGACGAUGACGACGAUGAUGAUGACUACGACGGAGACGAUGAGGUUGACGAGAACGACUACGACGAAGAAACCCCUCUGCGUCGAAGAGCCCGAAAGCAGCGAGGUGCCAAGCCCGGCCAUCCUCCCCAGGGUAAUGCAUCUGCUACCAAGGCUGUCAUGUUGCUGCUCAAGUCCUUUGUGGGAACCGGUGUGCUCUUCCUGCCCAAGGCCUUCUUCAACGGAGGUCUUCUCUUCUCAGCCUGCGUGCUCACCAUGGUGGCUGCUCUCUCUUACUGGUGUUUCCUGCUGCUGAUCCAAUGCCGAAUGAAGACUGGCGUGUCGUCCUUUGGUGACAUUGGUGGCGCCCUCUACGGCCCCAAGAUGCGGUCUCUGAUUCUCUUCUCCAUUGUUAUUUCCCAGAUUGGUUUUGCUGCCGCCUACAUUGUGUUUACGUCCGAAAACUUGCAGGCCUUCAUUCUAUCUGUGACCAAGGGAGAGACCUUUGUCAAGAUCGAGACUCUCAUUUUCCUGCAGCUCAUUAUUUUCCUGCCUCUGUCCAUGAUUCGAGACAUUGCCAAGCUGUCCGGAACUGCUCUGAUAGCUGAUCUCUUCAUUCUGCUGGGUCUCGUGUACCUGUACUACUGGUCUGGAAUGAUUGUUGCCACAGAGGGUGUCGCUGAUGUCAAGAUGUUCAACCCCAACUCCUGGUCGCUGUUCCUCGGUACCGCUAUCUUCACCUUUGAAGGAAUUGGUCUGAUUAUCCCCAUCCAGGAGUCUAUGAAGAAGCCCGAGCAGUUCACCCCCGUCCUUGCUGGAGUGAUGGUUGGCAUCACUGCCCUGUUUGUGUCCAUGGGAGCUAUCUGUUACAUGGCCUUUGGCUCUGAGGUUAAGACUGUCGUCAUUUCCAACCUGCCCCAGGACUCCAAGUUUGUCAAUGGUGUGCAGAUUCUGUACUCUGCUGCCAUUCUGCUGUCCACUCCUCUGCAGCUCUUCCCUGCCAUCCGAAUCAUCGAGAAUGGUCUCUUCACCCGAUCAGGCAAGUACAACUCUACCAUCAAGUGGCAGAAGAACAUUUUCCGGUUCUUCCUUGUGUUUGUCACCGCCUUUGUUGCAUGGGGAGGUGCCGACGAUCUCGAUCGGUUCGUCGCUCUCACCGGAUCGUUUGCAUGUGUGCCUCUGGUGUACAUUUACCCUCCUCUUUUGCAUUACAAGGGUGUUGCUCGAGGCACCACGGCUCGAACCGCCGAUGUCUGUAUUUUCAUCUUUGGUCUGUGUGCCAUGGGCUACACCACUGCCAACACAGUUGGUUCUUGGAUUGGCGGAAACUAG